GUAUCUUUUAGAUGGUCUUUCUAGUUGACCCUUCCAUCAUCAUUGUAAUCAUCUUCUAUAAAAUCAAGUAGAAGUUGGGAUAUGGUUUCAAUGUUAUCAAGCAUAUAUCCUAAUCCCUAGGCUGCAUGAACUUUUGUAUGGGUAAGUAUCUAAAUGUGUAUGAGUAAGUUUCUUGUAUGGGUAUGUUUCAUUUUAGUGAAUGACCAUGUCAACUGGUCAUGUCUGUUAAAUAUUCUGAAACCUAUGUUGCUUGGACUCUCCGAAAAUGUGGCCGGAUACGUGUCGGAUCCUCCAAAAGCAGUGCAUUUUUGAAGGAUCCGACACGGGUGCGGCUACAGUUUGGAGAGUCCGCGCAACAUAGUUUGAAACAUAUGAACUUUGGUGAUAAAUGGAUUGAAUGGAUCAACUAUUGCAUAUCCACUGUUAGGUGUUCAAUACUGAUAAAUGGGAACCCACGCGGUUUCUUCAAAUCUCAUAGGGGGCUGAGGCAAGGGGAUCCACUAUCUCCCUGCCUAUUCACUCUGGUAAUGGAAGCCUUUAGCAUGAUGCUAAAGAGGGCAGAAAAUUUGGGCUGGAUAAAAGGCAUGAGUUUUGGGAGAAUCGGUGCUGAAAAGGUUACUUUAUCCCAUAUUUUAUAUGCUGAUGACACCCUUCUGCUGUGUGAAACAGACAAUGAGCAAAUGCUUUUUCUUAGAGGGAUUUUCAGCAUUUUCAGCAUCAAUGUAGAUGAUUGCAUAGAGGAACUAGCCGAUAUCCUGGGAUGUAAGGUAGAGAAUUUCCCCACUAUUUAUUUGGGAUUUCCACUAGGGGCAAGAAGGAAUGAUCAAAGUAUUUGGCAAGGUGUCCUUGACAGAUGUGCUAAUAAGCUUAUUCCAUGGAAGAAACAAUAUCUAUCCUUUGGAGGCAGACUCACUCUUAUUAACAGUGUAUUAGAUGAUUGUCUUCCGAAGGAAUUUGAAUGAUUGGGAAAUAGUAGAAUUUUGCGAGCUGCUUCAGCAAUUGAGAUCAGUUUAUAUUGAUCAUGGUAAGAGGGAUACUCUAAUCUUGCUGGCAAGUAAAGACAAGAAAUUCUCAGUCAAGAAUUGCUACAGUAUGUUGAUAAAGCUGUCAGGACAGUGGGAUACUUCUUGGCCAUGGAGGAUGAUAUGGAAGACAAAAGCUCCUGUGAAAGUAGCAUGUUUUGGAUGGGUCACCACCUGGGAGGCAUGCUUAACUCAAAAUAACUUGCAGAAGAGAGGCUUUUCCCUAUGUAACAGAUGCUACCUAUGUCAAGUGGAUCAAGAAACAGUUGAACAUUUGUUCCUCCGUUGCAGAUUUUCUAGAGAAUGCUGGGAGUUAUUCCUAAAUAUUUGUGGUAUUGCAUGGGUGAUGCCUCAGAAUGUGAAGGGGUUGAUGGUAGGUUGGCAGCAUCAGGUGAUAUCAAAAGAGAUAAAGCAAAUAUGGAGCACUAUCCCAUUGUGCACCUUAUGGACAAUAUGGCUCGAAAGGAACAAGGCUUGCUUUGAAGGACAGAGAGCUCCAAUUGCUAGAAUUAAGAGCAUUUGUUUACAAAAUUUGUAUCUUUGGUGCAAAUCAAGCCCACUAGUUAGUUCAGAUCAGUACAUGGAUUUCUUGGAGUUGUUAGGAAGAAGAUUGUAAUAGGCUGUUUUUUGUUUCCUUGUUAUCUUCUGUACCAUCUUGGUACUAUUCAAUAAAAUCUUUAUCUUAUCAAAAAAAGCUAUUUAAUAA